CACAAGAAAAAAGAGAGGAGUAAACAUUUGGAGCUCCAAUCAUUUUUCCAAGAAAGAGGAUAGAGGUUGAAGAGAGAGAAAGAGAAAGUUGGGUUUCUCUUCCUCUACUCUUUGAGCAACUCUGGAUCCAAAGAGAUGGAAUGUACACUCUGGGUAUAACUCUUUAUCUCCUGCUGGUUACUGUAUCCACUGCAAUCAUCUUAUCCAUCAAGGCCAUCAAUCAUCAAAUAUUUUAAACUUUACGACUUUGGCUAAAGUAACAAUUCUUCUGUUUAUGAAAUGCUAAAAGACUAUGAAUACAGUGAAAAAGAGCAAUUCUCCGGAAGGAUCACUGAGUUCCUCUCAUGCUUCUUCUUCAAGUGAAUUCUCCUACAUUCAAACAGGAAUAAUCAAUUCUUCCAGUCUACAAACUGGCCUUCAGUUUAACCACCCAAACUUAAUUCAAGAACCCGAAAUGAGAAGUCCUCUAUCAAAUGUCCCUCAUCCUCAAUGUUCAGAAAACCCUUUUUCUCGUUCUUCUACAUUUUGUACCAGAUUAUUUUUAUCAUCUCCUUCAAGCUCAAUGACCUGUAGACAACUAAAAAACUUGCCUUUCCUUCCUCAUCCACCAAAAAGUGAGCAACUUGUUUCAGCAGUUCAAUGUUCAAGCUCACCGUCGCUCUUUAGUGGAGAUAUGUGUGAUGUACACACUGAGGGUGAGCAUUCGGAUGAUUUGAUGAAAGAUUUUCUUAAUUUGUCUGGAGAUGGUUCAGAUGGCAAUUUCCACCAAGAGAAUCAUGAGAACAGUUCAACAAUCAAUGAGCAAAUGGAUUUACAAUUUUUAUCUGAACAACUUGGCAUAGAAAUGGCAGACAAUGGUGAAAGUCCUUGCUUGGAUGAUUUAUAUGAUGUACCUCAAGUAUCCUGUGUUCCACCUUCCACAUCUGAAAGCAAUCAGAAUAAUCAACAAUUAAGCCCUCCUGUUAAAGUUCAGCUUCAUCCAACUCUCUCCACUUCUUCAGCACCAGCUGCAAAUAAACAGAGAUUGAGAUGGACUUUAGAACUCCAUGAGCGCUUUGUCGAAGCUGUGAACAAGUUGGAUGGUGCCGAGAAGGCAACUCCGAAAGGUGUACUAAAGCUAAUGAAUGUUGAAGGUUUAACCAUUUAUCAUGUGAAAAGCCACUUACAGAAAUAUAGACUUGCCAAGUAUCUUCCCGAGACAAAAGAAGGCAAAAGGACUUCGAGUUCUGAAGAAAAGAAGGAACCAUUGGUUAGCAAUAAAAAUGAAAGCUUUGAUCGGAACAAACAUGUAACAGAGGCUCUAAGGCUACAGAUAGAGGUUCAGAAACAGUUACAUGAGCAGCUUGAGGUCCAAAGGAAACUUCAACUGCGCAUAGAAGAGCACGCGAGCUUCCUUCAGAAGAUUCUAGAACAACAACAAAAAUCAAGUAACUCUUUCAUCUCCUCAAAACCUGCACAAAGCCAAGAAGUGCAGCCUGAGUCAUCUGAUGACACUUCAGUAGAGCAAGCCGAAUCAAAAGAUGGCUCCAUUUCGUCGCGCAGCGGUCAAAAGCGUAAAGCCAUUGAUUUGGAAAGUGAUUCCGUAUCUUCGGAGAAGAGACAAUGUGUGAAGUUGGAUGAAAAGCUUGAAGGUGUUUCCUCAACGUUGUAAUUGUAAUCCUAUCUGUAGUUCUUUGUAUAUGAAUCUAUCUGGCACUGUUCCAUUGGAUGUGUUUAUUAGGGUAUAAUUAUUUUUAGUUUAUCUUGUAACAAAAAUCAUAUUGAAAUUCAAAUUUGUGUCAUUUGAUUGCA